AUGUCGAGACUUCCGCUGGCCGGGAUCUUCCUCUUAGUCUGCUGCGGUCAGCUUGUAACAACUCAGAGAUCAUUUUUAGAUAUGCCUCUCGGUGUCCAGCUGGUUCGGGCUGUCAGAAAUUGGAUGGCCGAUUCAAUUGGUAGCACUGGCGAUAAAAAUGGCGAUCUGUACUGGGCGGUUCAGAAACAGGGGAAGGUGCAGGAUCCCGUUCCGGAAAACGUUCCGUUCCCCUGCAAUAUAACCGCCGGUCGCUCGGAGAGCGUACCGACGUCGGUCGACAGGUUGAGACCGGGGGACAUCGACGUAAUCGGGGCGAUGGGGGACUCUCUAACCGCGGGAUUUGGAGCUUUUGGUUCAGACAUGAAAACAAUAUUCAUUGAAAAUCGAGGGGUGACCUCCCUCGGGGGUGGACAAGGGACCUGGAGGGACACUCUGACUAUUCCCAAUAUUCUGAAAGCCUUCAAUCCGAAGCUCUUCGGGUAUUGCAGGAAGGACGCCUGGAAUCACGAACCAGCAGCGGAGUUCAAUGUUGCUGAGAGUGCCUCCAUGUCCAGGGAUAUGCCCUUCAUGGCGGAGAUUUUGAUCAAGAGAAUGAAGAAUGACCCCAGGGUUGAUAUAAAAAAUCAUUGGAAACUCGUGAGCCUCUUCAACGGCGCAAAUGACUUCUGCUCGGACAUGUGCUGGAAUCCCUCACCUCAGGAUACCGUAAAAAAUCACAAGACAGAUUUGAUAAAAGUCCUGAGAACGCUCAGGGAUAAUUUACCGAGAACUCUAGUGUCAAUUGUAUCAGCUCCUCAUAUCAGGCCCGUGAAAGAGCAAAAGGGGCGGUCGAGGCUUUGCAAGCUGACAUUUGUAGCUGAGUGUUCGUGCCUGACGGGCCGGCAGUGGAGGGAUCAGCUCCAGGAAUUUUACGAUAUCAUGUUCAGCUUUCAACGAGUCGAUGACGAGGUAGCAGCUUACCCCGAAUUCCACCGAGAAGAUUUUUCGGUGGUUGUCCAACCCCUUUUCACCGACUACGCCUGGCCGACAGUAGCUAACGGAAACGCCGAUUUCCGGUACAUGUCGGCGGAUUGUUUCCACUUCAGUCAGCUGGGAAACGCGAGAAUGACUUACUCCCUCUGGAGAAAUAUGCUGGAGCCAGUGGGAAAGAAAAGUCGCUUCUGGACGGAUAUUGGGGUCUUACCUUGUCCCACGGAAGAGCGACCCUAUAUCGCAACCAUGGGGAACAGCUGAAGCUGCCACCUUCAUCGGGGUCGUGAGGAACUCACGAGCAAUCGUCAGAAAGAUUCUUAUUAUUUUUUAUUAUUGAGUCCGUGGGCAGGGUCUAUUUUCAUUACUUAAUAUUAACACGAGAUUAACAUUAAAGAUUCAUAAACCAGUGACACAAUAUCACUAUUGAAUAUCCCAUAUAUUUCAAUUAAUACUUCUUUCCAAAUUACUGGAUCGUGAUCUCACUAAAUUAUGUAGAUACAUAAACACAUGUACAAUAGAAAUAGAGCGUAAGAUGUAGAUGAUAAAGGUAUUUAACACCUUACAAUAAAUUUUGGGGGUAAACUUUGA